AUGCACCUCAACCUCAUCACUGGUUCCCUCCUUUUGGCAUCCUUGGGCUCUGCAGCUCCAGUCCCAAAGCCUUCAGGACCACCCGACAAUGACCACCAUCCUCCCCCUCACUUCCCAGUCCCUUCAGUCGAACUUGCAGCAAAAGAAGUCCGCACUUUACUUUUCCGUGAAUCCCUUGCUAAUCUAGCAACUAUUGUUCAAGAUGGCCCUAACGCAGGUACCCCAGAAUCUUUUAUGGAAUACUUUGCAGAUUGUACUCAUGAUGGUUCUCUUACUCUCUUGGCUCUCAAUAUCUCCUCUUCCUACAGAAAUAUUGCUAAAGGUUCCCCUGCUUCCCUUUCUGUCCGUGUAGGAGAUCAUGCCCUCCGUGAACACCCUGACCCUCGCUACCCAGGUGGUAUCCCUCCCUCUCCAGCUGGUUCCCCCCGCGUUUCUCUUCGUGGUAAAUUCGUAGAUGUUGAUCCUGAAGACAAGGAAACUAUCGAUGAACUUUCAAAAUGCUUUGUCGAUAGACACCCUGAUGCCCGCUUUUGGCUCCCUGGAAACCCUGUCCAUUCCUCUCACUUUGUUUCUUUCGAGGUCGAUGGAGUUUAUUUCAUCGGUGGAUUUGGUGAUAGAGCUUACAUUGGUGAAAUCCCUCUCGAUCUCUACAAAGAAGCUAAGCCUUUGCGUCCUCUUCCUCCUCCACCACCCCCUCAUGAUGGUCCUGAAGAACCUCCUCAUGGACCUCCUCAUGGACCUCCUCAUGGACCUCCUCCUCACAAGGGCAAGAAACCUCAUGGACCUCCUCCUCCACCUCCUCAUGAUGGCCCCGAUGGCCCUGAAGAACCUCCUCGUGGACCUCCUCCUCGCGGACCUCCUCCUCGCGGACCUCCUCCUCGCGGACCUCCUCCUCGCGGACCUCCUCCUCCACCUCCUCAUGAUGGCCCCGAUGGUCCUCCUCCUCCACCUCCUUAUGAUCGUGAUGGUCCUGAAGAACCUCCUUAUGGACCUCCUCCCCCACCUCCUCCUCACAAGGGCAAGAAACCUCACGGACCUCCUCCUCCACCUCCUUAUGAUCGUGAUGGUCCUGAAGAACCUCCUUAUGGACCUCCUCCCCCACCUCCUCCUCACAAGGGCAAGAAACCUCACGGACCUCCUCCUCCAGCUGAAUAUGAAGAAGACGAAACUGAAGAAGAAUUCAUCUCUGCUCCUUCCUCUUCCUCCUCCUCAUCAUCUUUCUUCAACUCACUUUGGAACAAAGCCAACACCAUUCUCUUUGGCGACAAUGUCGAUGAUGAAACUCCCUUCCUCAUUGCCCAAGACGAUGAAACCCAAGCUGUUCUUUCCUCCUAUCGUUCAAAGACCAAUAAAAAUCACCACCCUGAAAUUGAUAUGACCAAGGAUUACACCCGUGAAGAAAUCAUGGCUGCUCACCAUGGCAAAAAGGGUCGUUUCCAUGGCAGAAAGGGCCGCCACCAUGGUAGAAAGGGUCGCUACCAUGGAGCCUCUUCCGAUGAAUACUCCUCCGAUGAAGAAGAAAAAGAAGAAGACAUUUCGUCUAUUUACAAGGCUCACCAUAAGUCAGCCAAGCCUUUUACAAAGGAACAAAUUUACGAUAUGCACCACUCGGACAAGUACUCUGAGGAAAAAUUGGCCAAGAUUCACCACAAGAAGCUUUCUAAGGAAGAGCUUUACAAAAUUCACCAUGCUGAAAACUAA